AUGCCGUGGCACUGCCCUUUUCCCAAAACAUACGACGGCCUUGAUGGCCGCUAUUACUACCACGAAGAUCCGUACAAAUGGCCCUACUUUAAGUUCGGUGAAGCCCUGAAACCUGAGGACAUCUUUGGCCAUCUUCAUGAGCGUUUCAAUACGGCACCCAUCGCCAUCAUGGACAAGGUAGCCUGGCAUGCCGAUGUGGUUGACCUUAUCACCAUGUCGAAAACUCUUGACGAAUUUUAUGCGAGGCUGGAGGAGCGCAAGAUGCUGCGUCUUGACGAGCUGAAGUCUGCGAUAGCCUCCGCGGACGUGCUCGACUCUGUACUGUUCAAAUGGGGGACGCCUCUUUAUCUCCUCUGCAGAGCGAUGCAGAAAUUGCACGACAGUGCAUCUGUUUUCGAUGCUGCUAGCGCCUUUGUAGCGAUGCAGAAUUUCGUCAAAGAGCAGAGCGAGCAGCAUGAGCGAGCUCUCAAAAGGCAAUUCGAAGUAGAGAGGGGAGAAGCGAGAACGCACUCUCUAGACAUCACCUUAAAGACAGGGGAUGGGCCGGACACAAUCUCGGCCGAUGUUGCACAGGAGACAAGAGCCAACCCCAGGAGCCCUCCAGACGUCACGCCCCCCCCAACACUCCAGUCUCAUUCCAAGCCUCCUUCCUCAUCCCAGCGACUGCGUCCAGGUACAAACAAGACCACAAACAACAGGAAACGCAAACAAAACGCGGUAGAGGGUGUAACUGGCCCGACUAAGAAGCCGCGCGCCACACUACCAGCGAGCCGUCGUUCCUCCUACCCAGGCAGGAGAAGUCCGGCCGGCAACGACACAAUCCCCGCAGAAGAUGGACGAGAAGAUGAAGCGACUUCAAGCUCUCAUCAAAAGGAAUCCAGCCAAAGGACAUCUUUCGACCAAAAACAGCCUAUGCCAGAUACGGACAAGCAGGAGACUCUAUCGGAAAGCUUGCCGGACACAGGACAGGACGUCUCCACGGUGGUGAAGGCUACCGAAUCUCCAGGAGCUGGCUCUCCUUGUGCAGCGCAGAGCCCCAGGAGUAACCACCCAGAUCAUGGCCAGACUCGAUAUUAUUCUAAUAAGAUAAAUUAUGAGCAUCUCGGCUGGCAACGAGAUUUUGGUCCCUCCGAUAAGGCUUUGCCCAGCGGCGAGCAACGGGAUGAGGCUGAUACCUCGGAGAUAGGUAGUGGCCUUCACAGGCCACGUUUGGAACCCGGUGCGAAAUUACACAGCAACAGCGGGCCGGCGGCAGGGUUUUAG